ACCUGCUAUUACUACUAGAAGAUCAAUUUUCGUACAAAACUUGACAACGUUCACGUGUAUCACUUAGAAUUACGUGUCGUGUCGUGAAAUUAUUAUAAAAUUCAUUUUGAAUGUAUGAUGUCGGAGCCGUCAGAAGAUAUCGAGGAUGAAGAGAAAAAGAAGCAAAACAAAUCGUCAUUUGGCGAGUUUCUCUCGUCGGUUCAGGCGAACGAUUGGCUCAUAAAGUUAAUUCAUCAGUUUCUACUCUGCAAUGAAUUUGAGAUUACUGCUGACAAUUUCGUACGCGAGGCAACGAAAUUGGGUUUUAAUAUUUUCGGAGAACAUUUCUUCUUCAAGGAUGCGAUUCCCAAAGAGUCGUGCAAACGAAUUUUGGCGGAAUUUCACAGGGGGGAUUGGAGAGAUUUCUUUGAGUCUUGGAAUAACUUAAUACCCGAGAACGUCAGGCAGACUAAGGAGUAUAAAAUAUUGACUUUUAAGUUACACGUUCAUUUUGCAAUAUUACCUAUACGAAUCGUACAUUUUCGCGAGGAUCCAAGACAGAAGCUUAAUCAAUUUUUGGAUACAAAACUGUUAAAAGUCUUAGAAUACGAAGCUGACAAUUAUAAGCGCGGUAAUGAGGAUGGCUGUAUUAAUCUGAAGAAAUAUAUGAUGGACAGUAUGGGAGAAUUGAGACAAUAUUUGGAAACUGACGGUCAAGAAUUUAGAAAAGAGACACAAUUAUUAACAUUAUUUGCAUUGCCUUUUCUCAGCGACCCACACACGGAUUCCGUUUAUUCUGAAAUAUUUAAUGGAGCUUGGAUGGAUGAUUUAAUGUCCAAUCUACAAAUGUUUGUCAUGCGAUACAGACAGGUGCAGCCUGUUGUUUUGCAAAAUAGUUCGACAGAACCAUUGAUAUCAUUCAAUGAAAUGAAGCAUAUUGAUUUAUUGAAUGACGGAAAUAUGAAGGAUUCUGAUAACGCAAUAACCGAGAAGGAGACUCGAAAAAAAUUACCUACAAUCAAAACUACCCCGCCAGCAAUACCAUUGGAAAUCAGUAAAACGGAUAUAUCGUGCUUCAAACAGCAAGAUAUGACGAAUCUUAAUUUGCAAAUAAUUGGGAACGAUCGAAACAUACCAAUGUUUUCCGACAUGCAUGAAAUAGAGGAACAACUUUAUUUUCAGUCUUCAUUAAAACAUAACAAUGUACAUUCAAAAACCGCUCAGACUCGUAUAAGCGGUAUUAAAACAGCGACAAAUAUUUUGCUCACAUCCGAUUUACAUCAACCAGCAAAUAUAAUAAAUCCAGCAUCAUUUGGAAAAUUGCCAAAGCAGUCGACACAGUACAAUCAAGAAUUGACAGUGACGAAAUCGUAUUUGCAUACUGUCCACUGUAAUUAUCGAAAAUUAAAAGUGCGAUUUCACAAAUUGCACGCAGAUUAUCACAAACUGAUCGGAAUUGCUGGUGAAUUAACAGCAGCAUUGGAAAAUUCAGUUCGCGGACAAGCUGUGGAUUUGCAAAGUAUGCUGGCUUCUUGCAUACAAAUAUUUCCAGACUUAUUUAGUCAGAAUGUACGUGAUAAUUCAGAGAUAAACUCACUAGAGAAGAGCGAAGAAGAAAUCAAAGAAAAUAAUUUAUCAAAUUUCCCAUUGCCAAUCGUGGACGCAACUCCAAUAUCUCCAAGAUUAUUAGACUUUAAAAAAAUUAAGUUACACUUAAUAAGUGGUAAUGUCAAGACCAAGCUGUUGCUGCUGCAAGCGUUACGAUGGAAAGUAACAUUAAGCCAGCCAGGAGAGCGUGAUGAGACUAUUCACGAGUACAUAACGACUGAUUUAUUGGCUCUUCAUGCACAAAUAGCCAGUGACAGUGGUAAACCAAUUUUACCAUGUUUAUUAAUGCCAGAGGAUGUAGCUGUACCUCAUCCAUUACAACAAUCAACAGCAAGAUUACUCAAUGCUUUGGCGUCACUAAGAUGCGGACGUGAUUAUUUAUCAGUAGGACCCACUGUGCUUAAUGUGGUCAUCAGAUGUUUAAACGGUACUGAUAAUCAGCGCAUAGAUGCAUUCACUUGCGACAUGAUCAUAGCAAUGUUACAAAAACUUUCGUUACGCAAGCAGCAGCGCAUUUACAUGAUUGAAUCUGGUUUGGUCGAGUGGUUGAUAUACCACUUAAAAUCCGAUAAUCACAAAAUGGGAACAUAUAGAUUAGAAUAUGCUACAGCAUUGUUGAUGAAUUUAUCACUGCAUAGACAAGCGCAAAUAAAGAUAUCAGCAAUUGCUCCGUUGUUAAUUUCAACGUUAACUACACUCUUGUCUACGGAUCAUAUGCCUGCACUACCUUAUAUCAACGGGGCAUUGAAUAGCUUUCUGUUAAAUCAUGAGAUAAACGAAGAAGCUAAGAAAACAGGACUGGCUUCCGUUUUGGAGUAUCAUCGUAAACAGAAUAGCGGAGAAAUAAGAAAACAUCUGGAUCACAUACUGAGGAUACACAAGCGUAACUACACUGACAACACCGAAGACGAGGAGACUGCUGAUGAUGAUAAUGAAGAGUUAGACGUACUGGAAGAUGAAUUAGAGGAAGAUGAUCCUGUAAAAGUUCAUACCGGUGAAUUAUUCGGUGAAGCACUCCUUGCCUCGUGCUAUUCCAUGUUACCGGAAACGCUACAGACCGGAAGCACGACUGAGGAUGUCUCUGUACCAAAGACACCAAAGUUUCAUUCAAGAAGUGCAAGUGCUAAGAGUCCACGCAGGAAGGAGCAGACUUUGGAUAAGGAAUCGUGUGACGUUAAUCAAAUACCCAUUCGAGAUAAGGGCUUAUCACCAAGAUUAACACCCAUGAAGUUAAAAGUGCACAAACGAAAUCCAAUUAAUUUAAAACCAGGUGAAUCUUUUGUGCAAAAGGUAGAACAAAAUUUGUCAAUACCUCUUAAAGGAGUACCAGCCAUUGUUAAUAAGGAACAACAAGUAUCAGAGCCUCUAGGGGAAUCAAAGUGCACUUCCGUUAGUCAAACAAAAAUUGAUUUGCUAAAUGAUGCUAAAUCAAAUGAAGAAUCAAACACUGACAGCAUAUCUCAAAUUGAAGAAUAUCUUAAUAUUUCAUCCCUCACGAAUACAAUGUCGCCAUAUUUUUUUGCUUUCACCAGAACGUACGAUCACACAGAUAAUACGCACGAGUCACUCAGACAAAAGUUAGGAUCAAGUAAAUCGAGCGAAACGCGUGACGAUGUGAAUCCAAGAAAAUAUGAGAGAAAUGAAAAAAUAUUUGACAGAAGAAAUUUCGCGGUUCGUGAGGCUAAUCGAGAUGCUUUAAGGCCGUCUUUAUCGCGAGAACGGGAAUUAGAGUCGGUGGGAUUCAAUUCUGGGGAAGAGAUAGAGGAUAAUGAUGUUGCUGUUUGUUUAUACGCCAAACAGAGUUCCAAAGAGAGUAGCGAGACGACACUGAGUUCCUUGGGAAAUGUCGCAUCUGUAUGUGAAAGUGCAGUCGAAGACGUGGAUAAGUUGAGCAGCAUUGCGUCACUGAAGAACGAUAACAGUACCGACCUGAAAAUUGGUACCUCCGAAUAUAAGAAGAUAACAGGAUACGAAAUAAAGGAGGAGGAAGCUUUUUUAGCGAAACCAAAAAUCUUGAGGACGCCUCCGCAAACGGCAAUAUCAAGAACGUCAGCGUAGGGCAAAGAGACAUUAGGUCCGGAGCAAUUUCCACAAAGUAAAUAAGUCUUACGGUUCCGUAUAAUCAUAAAUCAUAAAUCAUAAUAAUCGUAAUUGCAUGUAUCGCAGAGAUCUACAUUUUAUUAAAAAUCAUGUACAAACUAAUCACCUAUAAUUAAGCAGC